GUUUAAUUAUAUAAAAUUCAGCUAAAAUGUAAAGAAUAAAAUUAAUUUUGUAUAUAUGCAUAAGCAUAAUUAUGUACAUGUGUACAUGGGUAUAUACAUAAAUAUACCAAUAUGUUUUUCAACGAAAACGUCGACUUAAAAAAAGAAAAAAAUAUAAGAAACAUAAGAGAAUAAAAGAAAAUCAUAUUGCGUGUACAGAAAAAAAAAAAAAAAAAUAACCAGCAUUCGUUAUAUGGAUACUUCUGAGAAGCAUCCCAAGAAAUCUUAAUUUAUCUUCUCCGGUAUAGGCUAAACUUUUAUCAUAAUCAUUAUUAGAGAUGUUAUCAUGCUAUUAUUAAAGUAUUUCUACUUUUUUAACUAAUCUAGUUUACAUGUGAUACAUAAUAUUUUACUGUCAUUUGCACCAAUGUGAUGCCAAAAUGUGAUGCUAAAUUUCUUAUUUUACCUAUAAAGAAAAAGUGCUUCCUUAUCAAUUUCAGGCGAAUCGGUAUCUACCUACCUACAUAUUGUAUGUAAAUAUAUAAAAACGUGAUAAGCAUAAUUCCAUAAUGGAUCUAUAAAUUAUCUAAACAGAAUUUGAUUCAAAAAUCCAAAGCAAUUAUUCGGUUUUUAUAUAAUAGGCAUUGUAAAAGAUUUUCAUUUUAUAAUCAGAGUAGGUAGAUACCUACCUAUUUUUAAAGUCCUAGUCUUAUUCCUUACAAUUCAAUUUCUCAUAUUAAAUUAAUUUUCCAAAUUUUAUUGUAGUUGAGGUGCUUUGAAUUUGAGUAAAACUUUGUUGCAAAAAUGUAAUGAAAUGGUAGCAUCAUUGACUUGUAAUAUUCAAACAGUAAAUUGCUGAUAAAAAUUCGAAACGUACGAAAAAAAAUAUGCCUAUACCUUCAUUAAUACUCAAUACAAAUUAAUUAAAAGAAAUUCUUUUAAUUAUUAUUCUUUUAGAAUUAAUUGUUCAUUCAAUAAAUUAUAAAUAGAAGAACGUAUAUCUAUCUAUCAUUUAAUUUAUGCAAGUAAAUUAAAAAAAAAGUGAAAAAAAAUUCUAACCUAUUCAAAAAAAAAAAAAAAACUUUUUGCAAAAAUGUCCAGUUGGGCACAAAGAGUACAUAGACGUGCUGCCGAUUUAGGUAGUGUUGUAACAUCAUGUGGUCAUCCUGGACCAGGUCCAUAUCCAUAUCGUUUAGAAAAAGUAAAAUUUGGUGUACCAUUAGAUGAAGUAUGUAAAAAUGAUAUACCUGGACCAUUAUUAGUUUUAAUAUUAAAAUUAAAUAAAGAAGCUCCAUUACGUAAAGAUGUAUUUAGGGCACCGGGACAUCAAGGUGCUAUGAAAAAUUUAAUACAUUUUUUACAAGCUGGACGUUUAGUUAAUGUUGAUAAUUAUUCUGUUUAUACAAUAGCUAGUGUUUUAAAGAAAUUUUUAAGAAAAAUACCAAAUGGUAUUUUUGGUCGUGAUGGUGAAGCUGAAUUAUUUGCUAUUGUUGAUGUUGAUGAUGAAUUAGAACAACAGGAGAGAAUUCAUAGACUUAUAACAUCACUGCCAAUUUAUACACAACGUUUAUUGGUGCUAUUAUUUGGUACAUUCCGUGUAAUUGCUAGUAAUGCUGAUAGAGCUGGUACUGGUAUGAGUAGUGAAGCGCUGGGCGUUUCAGUUGCACCUAGUUUUUUUCAGUCAUGUGUUAGUGAUGGAAAAACAGCGCGUAUGGAAGAUGUUCUUAGAUUUAAGGCGGAAGUGAAUGUAGCAACAAGAAUAAUGAAAAAAAUGAUUGAUCAUUUUGCCACAUACGAUUUAUUUGGACGCGAAAAUUAUGAAUAUUAUGCACGUGUAACUGGUCGAAUAUUAAAAGUACAAGAUGAAUGGAUUUGUAGUUUUAGAUUUCCACCACCGCCUAGAGGAAAAUUAGCUCAACAAAAUUAUGCACUUCAAUUAUCACUUGAGGCUGAAAAAACGUGGUUACAAUGUGAAUGCGAAAGAUGGGGCCUAAUUGCUCAAGAAGAAUCGCAAUCAACACCAGCUCUAUUGACCAGCUCAAGUUCGGCCAUUGGUAAUAGUGCCCUCUCGCUUGGUAUCAUUCCAGAAUUAUCUCUAUUAGAAUCAUGUGCCCGAUUAUCAGUAUCGUUGGAAGGACCGGGUGUAUUUUCAGCUGGUAGUGGAGAUAAUCUAUCCCAAACAUCACAAAAUCAACAACAACAGCAAAAACAGCAGCAACAACAGCCACAACAACACCAACAACAGAUAGCAGCUACAGCUGUUGCAUUAGCUGCAGCAGCAGCUGCUGUACAACAAUCAAAACAAUCAUCAACAGAACAAUUAAAACAUUCUUCUAGUUCAAAUGGUAAUAAUAAUAAUAAUAAUAAUAAUAGUAGUAGUAAAGUAACAACACCAACAACAGCUGGAACAUUAACAGUAGCAACAAUUGGUGGUAAUGUUAGUGGCAUUGGAAUAGUUAGUGCUGAUGUUAGUGGUAAUAGAGGAGGCAGUGGUGGCGGCGGCGGCAGCAAUAAUAGUAACAAUGGCAGUAAUGGUAUUAAACAUUCCUCAAGUUGUUCAUCAACACGUUCCUCGAAAUCAGCAUCAGCAGCUGGCAGUCAUCAUCAUAUGACUAUGGAUGAAUUAAGAGCUGUUAAUCGUUAUGCCGAAAGUACAAAAAGUUUAUCAUAUUUGCCACAGGUUCAUGAAAGGCAACGGGCACGUAUGCGUACACGCUCUGAAUGGUUUUUAGAAUCAUCACGUUUGGGUAGCACUCUUUCUGAUGCUUAUCCACAAUUCUUUGGUGGUAGUACAAAUGACGUUCAAGAGCAUAAUGAACAUUUAACUAAUAAUGCAAUGUUAUUGAUGCUCCAUCAUCACGCUCAACAACAACAUCAGCAGCAACAGCAGCAACAACAACAUCAAUUACAAUAUCAAAAUCAACAAUAUUUACAAGUUCAUCAUCCGCAAAGAAUGGAUAUUUCAUCAGGUGAUGAGCAAGAUUCGAUAAGUACUGGAGGUGGUAGUAGUUCAGCUGGUGGUGGUUUACAUGGUAGACAUGAUUUAAUUGGUAGCAGUGGUAAUAACAUUACGACAUCUGGUACGACUUCAGGAUACUAUACUGCUGGUGGAAAUCUUAUGAUGCCCAUGGAUACAAAUUUUCCACCAAUAUCUGUUGGCAACAUCGGCUUGAGUGCAAGCGCAGAAUCAGUUCACAUAAAACGUCCAUCACGUCGUUAUACACGACAUCAUCCGCAUCGCUCAUCUUCACGACGUAAUAAAGAAAAUGGCGGUAAAUCAACAAUAACAAGCAGUGGUAGUGGUGGUAGUUGCUGCUGUAAUAGUUCUACAUGUAAUCAUUCAAUAGCUAUUAAUGAUAAUAUGGAUGGUCCAAGUUCAGCAUCAGAUGCGGCUGGUACUGCUGGUGUAUCUGGUGGGGGCGUUCAACAACAACGCUCAAAUAGUUUCCGUCAAAAGAAGGCAAAUAAAGCAAGAGCUGUAUCAUUUGAUGCAACAACAGCAGCAGCAGCUGCUGCAGCAUUACUACCACAUCCAAAAGUUAGUUUAACACCAGCAUCUCGAACAUGUAGUAGUAGCGGUAGCACCAGUUUAGGUGGUAAUCAUCAUGGUGGACGUGGUUCAAUCGAUGAAGAAACUAUUAUAUUAAUGGAUACGACUGAAUCGACUCCAUCUUUACAAGUAACACAACAACAACCACAACAUCAAUCUGUUAUAUUAGUCGAUCCAUCAAGUAAUAAUGAAUUAAAAAUUCUUUUAAAUGUUAGUAAUUCUCAAACACCGCCAUCUAGUAUAUCACCAAAUAAUAAUACUCCAAUAAUAGUAGGUACAAAUAUUAGCGACAAUACUAAUAUAACAACAUCAACAGUUUGUAAUAGACAACAAUCGCAACAACAAAUCCUUCCUACAAAUAAUGAAAAAUUAUUUUUAGGUAAUAGUAAUAUUGUUUCAAUUGCAGCAACAACAUCAACAUCUUCUUUAUCAAAUAUAGCUGUAGGAGUAGCUGGAGCAAGCUCUAGUUGUAUAACUGAUACCACAAAUAUACAAGGUUUUAAUAUCAGUUGUAUUAGUUUAAAUAAAAAUAGUGAUGAAAAUUUAACAACAGCAACGACAAACACCACACAACAAACAACUAAUUUACAUUUUCGGCCACCCAGAGUCUAGUUAGUUUAUUUAGCUAGAAUUUAAAAAAAAAGUUUAUAAAUUUAAAUCUAUGUUUGUAUGUAAAUAAAAAAUUAAUUAUAAUAUUAUGUAUAUUUAAUUUAAUUUAAUUAUUAUUAAUAAUUUUGUUUUCUUUAUUAUAUAUUAAUAUUAAAAGUUUUUCAUAUUUUAAAUAAUUUUUUUUUAUCAAAAUAAUUAAUAAUAUAAAUUUAAUAAGAAGAAAGUCAACAUUAUAGCAUUCAAAGUAAAUUUGUAGCAUUUAAAAAUGUACAAAUUUAAAAGAAUAAGAUAUGAAAAAUAAAAAAAAUUCUAUAAAAUUUAAGUGUUCAGAUAUGAUAAAA